CUGUUGCCUGGGCUAGAGUGCCGUGGCGUCAUCCUAGCUCACUGCAACCUCAAACUCCUGGCCUCCCGGAUAGCUGGGACUACAGGCAUGCGCCACCAUGCCCAGCUAAUUUUUUGUUUCUAG